UGUAUAAAUUUUGGGUAGACUAUAGACUCAUAUUUAGUUGGGAUUUUAACAAUGGGCCGAAAGCAUAUCUGGAGAGACACCCCAAAGGCUGAUACUCCUCCUCCUGAUAUUAAAAAGAGACAUUGGCUUAAGGCUUUUGUCUUUUUGACAUGCGUUACAGGAUUUGUUUUACAUAUGAUCGCUUUCGGAAAUAUAUGGAUAAAUUUCUGCAAGACCGUACCAGAAGACAGAUCAUAUUGCAAGGGGGAGAAUGACUCUUCUAGAAAUUACACCAUUCAAGAGGCAGAAGGGGUCGGAAUAUAUAGAGGAUUUAGAGCUUUUGUUAUUGUGACCCUCUUUUUUGAACUGUUUACUGUCACCAUAUCAUUGUGCAGAAUCAAGUAUUGCGUUCAACUUAUAUUUGUGCCUUACUGUCACUCUGUAUGGGAGAACUGUGUAUGCUGCGGCAACUGUUGGUUUAUCAUGGCUGGCAUUAAAACCUGUCUCAAUAUGAUAAGCAUUAUCUAUGUAAGCGUUACAAUUCCAUUUGAUGAUAUGAUCCGAUAUAUAAUUGGAUUCAGAUUUGUAUUUGCAAAUAUGUGGUUUGGCUUUGUACAGCUUGCGCUAUGGUGUGUUUAUUUAAAACACAGAAAAAGUUGUUGUCCAGACUCGGAAUAUUUUCUUGGCUCUGACAGACGGUUAUCAGAAGGGGAGAUAGAAGUAAUUCAAAUUGUCAAUGAAAAGACAGUAAACGAAAAGGGAGAGUUUAUCAGUAAACGGGAAGUAGCCAGGAUAAACCUCGGGACAAGGAGAGUGCAACCUGCAUGUGUGCACAUAUAAUAUGUGUAUAUGUUUAUAUACGAUUUUACCAUAUCAUCAUUAAAAUAUGGCUGUGUUGAUGUGUACUGAUAAAUAAAUGAUAACAUG